AUGUCUGGGAUGGGAGGAAUGCCCGGCGCUAUGGAUGGCUCAAGCGGUCCACAGGGCACGGAAUACACGCUGCAGGGUGUUAUGCGCUUUCUGCAGACGGAAUGGCAUCGACACGAACGCGAUCGCAAUGCCUGGGAGAUCGAACGUGCCGAGAUGAAGUCCCGCAUUGGCCGCUUGGAGGGUGACCUCCGCACCAGCAAGCGUUUACACGAGUCUCUAGGCAAGCAUGUGAGGCUGAUGGAGACUGCGCUGAAGCGCGAAAGGGAAAAGGUCAAGAAGUUAUCCAACAAUGAAUCUCUCGAAGAUACCAAGGACCCCAAGGAGGUUGCGCGUGAUAGCGUCAAUUUCCUAAAGUCACAACGCCCGAAACCGAGCAUGGAUAAUGAGAAUGACCAAGAAUUGGACAACGAGAGCCAGCAGGACGGUGAACUCGAUGAAGGCCGGGACAAAGUUCGAGGCUUCCUGACCAAAGCCUCUCACGAAAUCUCGUACCAUGUUAUACCUACCUCCCAUCCUCCACCCGAUCUCACCGACUCCGAUAUCUCAGGCCAUCUAUAUGGAAAUUCACAGUUGUCUCAACAAAACUUAGAGGAGGCCUACCUACAGCAGCAACGACAAAAAGCUAACCAGGUUAUGGCGCGCGAAAUGGCGCUUCAAAAUCAUCAACCAGUGACAAACCACUACUCUGACAACGCGAUGGCUCGGGGCCAAAAUCAGUUCCUCCCGCGAGACGCAGUGGAUCGGCGGUCACUUGAAUUGCAGCAAGCUCCCGCUGGGGCAACUGGAAACCGGUCUCAUGUAUAUCAACAGGGCUUAGUCGAUGAUCAACAAAACCAAGCGCUUGAAGCACAAGGACCUCAAGUGGCUGUGAAGGAAGAUCUCAACCCGCAGGCCUUGCCUGAGAAGACCGAGGAUGUGGAUGGGUGGAAUUUUGACGAACCAGCGGAGCAGCAGCCAAUCGCAGAGCCGGUCCCGCCUCAUCGCCCAGACACCGAUGCGUUCCCAAAUGCCAAUUUCGUUCGUCCCGAGUUGUCGGCAAAGGCAGGUUCUCUUCCACACCGACGAAAGAGCUCUGGGUCAAGGCGCAAGAGUGAAGGUGCAAUUGAUAGCCGCGAUGGAGGCGCGGCCUUGACCCAACAACCAGACACCAACUUCAAAGUUCGAUUUGCUUUGCGCGGUCAUUUGGACGUGAUUCGGUCCGUCAUUUUCACUGGCGGCGGAAGCCCAUCAGAGCCUGAAAUCUGCACGUGCAGUGACGAUGGAACCAUCAAACGAUGGAUCAUUCCAGCCACCUAUGGUGGAUUUGGACCGCACGGCCCUGGCCCCAGCAACGAUCUUGAUAUCACAAGUUAUUUCACCCACCGCGGACACGAAGGUGCUGUCACAUCAUUGGCUGCCUGCUCGCCGUCUCAGAACAUCUCCAAUGGUGGUCGUGUUUUGGGAGAUGGAUGGGUCUUCUCCGGUGGUCAGGAUGCCAGCGUACGCGUAUGGGAGCGUGGGCGUGUUGACCCUAAGGCUACCUUAGACGGACACACAGAUGCAGUAUGGGGACUCUGCGUUCUCCCGGGGACAGUAGGAUCUGUCUUUGGCGAUUCGAGCAGCCAUUACGGUGGACCGGAUCGCAUCUUGCUGGCCUCUGGUGCCGCAGAUGGUCGGAUUCUGAUCUGGGCUGUGAGCGCUCCUCCCCAGAUCUCGUCACCUCCCGGUGGAUCACGCCGUCAAGGUGGGAGCCGACGUGCGAACUCAAUAUCCUCUGGGUCCAACUUCCCAUCCUCGCCACAGCCCAGUGUCGCUACAACUACGCCUUUCCACCACACUCUCAUCCACCACAUCGUUCGCCCUGAAUCCCCUUCGCCGACAUGCAUCAGCCCGCUAUCGCUUGCAGGUGUCAACUUCGUUGUCUCUUACUCAGAUGCCUCUAUCCUUGUUUAUGAUACACGAACCGGCGAGGAAAUUGCGGCCAUGGCUAGUCUUGAAACCUAUGACGGCACACCAUCCACUGGUGUGAACUCUGUCGUUGCAACCACCAUUGGCUUUGAUGGAACGGCCAAUCUGGAUCCUAACCGCGCACCCACCGAGGAAGAAGUUGUUCAUGGAGCCACUGGCUCGAGCAAUGUGGAGGGCGUUAUCAUCAGUGGCUACGAGGACCGCUACAUUCGAUUCUUUGAUGCCAACAGUGGUCAAUGUACUUACACGAUGCUUGCCCAUCCUGCUGCAAUUGCCUCAUUGUCACUGUCCCCUGAUGGACGGGAGCUUGUUUCGGCCGGUCAUGAUGCAAGCUUGCGGUUCUGGGACCUGGAGAAACGCACCUGUAACCAGGAGUUGACAAGCCACCGAUUAAUGCGUGGCGAAGGGGUGUGUGCUGUGGUUUGGAGCCGUGAUGGCCGCUGGGUCGUUGGCGGUGGUGGAGAUGGUGUGGUAAAGGUUUUCUCCCGAUGA